AUGCAGCCGAGUCUGGGACUUCAGGUGACCUUGGCUGCGCAGUUACCCACCCUGCAAGCCCAGUCUGCAUCGACACUCCCUGUAAAAGUGUCCGUUCACAACACAGGCAGUGACCCGGUGACAUUUCUGAGAUGGGGAACGCCCUUUGAUCCUCGGGCUGCGGUCUCGGGGGUCUUUGAAGUGCGUGAUAUCACCGACGGGAGACUCAUGCCACUGGAUGACCUCAAAAUGGCCCGCAAACUUCCUCCUUCACCUGAAGAGCUGGUGGAAGUGCUCGGAGGGGAGAGUCUCGAUAAGAUUGUGGAAAUUCCCGGCCUGGACUUGCAAGAAGGUCAUGACUAUUCCAUUGUGUCCAAGGGGAUCUGGCAUGCCCUGUGGACUACUCCACUGGUCAGCGUGACCGAGUCCCACCUUGCAGACCUGUCGAGUGCAACUCGCGGUGAGUUUCGGUCUAAUGAAGCCCACGUGAAGGCUGAAUAG